AUGGCUGCAUCACCAGGCGCCGGCACCGCCGGUGCCUCAGGAAGUCAAGCGCAAGUUCGGGUGAGACUAACCACUCGAGACACAGAUCUCGCUGUUCAGGACCUAGCUCCCAUCCUUGUUCCCACGUCUUUCCGCCGUCUUACACUCUCUACCCUCGUCAACAACCUCCUCGAAACCGAGAAAACGAUUCCCCUGGAAUUUAUCAUCAAUGGUACCUAUCUUCGAAGUACCUUGGACGAAUACCUCACAAGCAACGGCAUCUCCGCAGAGACCACAGUCUCGAUCGAAUAUGUGCGAGCACGCAUUCCCCCCCAAUAUGUGGCGUCCUUUGAACACGACGAUUGGGUCAGUGAUGUUGACGUCGUGUCCACCACCUCUCCGAGAAUCCUCACUGCGAGCUAUGACGGGCUGUUAAGAGUAUGGAAUUCCUCCUCUCAGAUUCUCGCAACAUCUCCCGGUAUGAGCCAUGGCGGUCACGGAUCCUUCGUCAAGACUGCCAAAUUCAUAUCCCCAACUCAAGCAGUCUCGGGGAGUUUUGACCGCACCUUAAGAUUGUGGAAAUACACAGAGGACGAGAACGCGUCUGCGGUCAGCCUCUCGCCCCAGAUCGAGCUCUAUGGGCACAAAUCCUCGGUAGAUUCGGUUUGCGCCCAUGCUGGCUCUUCCCGCAUACUCUCCGCCUCUUCUGACCACUCUGUUGGGAUCUGGUCUACCCGAAAAUCAGAUGCACCUGCAGCACCCGAGGCUCUAGUCCCGAAGGCAAGGACCAAGGAUGGCAAGAGGAGGAAAUUGAACAGCGAGGUGUCAGUGUCGCAGCGUGGGCCGCUUGCGCUGAUGCAGCAGCACACAGGCCCAGUCUCUGGAGCGAUGUUCGACCUCCAUGAUCCCACAGUGGGUUAUUCAACAUCCUGGGACCAAACAGUCCGUACCUGGGAUUUGGUCACUUCCUCGCUGGUUGACACUCGGACUACAUCAAGUGCAUUGCUCUGCAUUGAUCAUAUGCCUUCUCUUCACCUUAUUGCGGCCGGUUCAGUAAGCCGCGUGGUUAAGCUGGUGGACCCACGGACGUCCGCCACCUCAGUCACGGCCAUGACCCUAAAAGGCCAUAAAAAUUCAGUUGUCAGCCUGGCCCGAGAUCCUACCAACGACUAUACCAUUGUCAGUGGCAGCCAUGAUGGGACAUGUAGAGUUUGGGAUGUCCGGAGCACCAAGCAGGAGAAAGAGGGUGCUGUCGGACAGAGUCUGUAUAUAUUGCCAAGAGCGAGCCUGAAUGGUGCUGCCAAUCCUGCGGGUGGUGACGGUGUCAAAGUCUUUGGGGUGUGUUGGCACCACGAGGUUGGCAUUCUCAGCGCAGGUGAGGACAAAGCUGUCCAGAUCAACCGUAGUGACGGCCAGCCUUGA